UAACUAAUAACUAUGGCCGCAUUGUGUUACUUUCUCGUCUUCUAGUUUCUCUACCCUACUAUUCUUCAUUCUUCAAAAUCAAAAUUUUCACUCGCACCACACUGCACAAUUUCGGAGUGUGGCUGGCUCCAUGGCUGAACUCUACAGGCUCAGCUCCGUCGAGUGGAGCCCUUCUCCGGUCAUCGCUUUAGCCACCAGCUUCGACGGCUCCCGAGUAGCCGCCGCUCGCAAAGACGGCUCCCUCGAAAUCUGGCUCGUCUCUCCCGGCUCCAUCGGCUGGCACUGUCAGCUGACUAUACACGGAAACCCUAACGGAAGAGUGACGUCGCUUAUUUGGUGCCCCGGUGGCCCCGACGGAAGCCGCUUGUUUUCGUCCAACAUAGAUGGCUCCGUUACUAAGUGGGAUCUUUUCCACUUGACGCAGAAGACGGUGCUGCCAUCGGACGGUGUCACAAUCUGGCAAAUGGCAGGGACUUUCCCUAAGGGUGACGAGAUCGAUGAUAAAAGGAAGGGUGAAAGAAUGGGGAAUGGGUUUCAUGGUUUUGAUGAACAUGAGAGCAGUGAAAGUGAUGACGAUUCUGAUUCACCUGGUUCUCCCGAGCUUUCAGUUGGUGAGUAUCCACGCGUGGCGAUUGCUCUCGACAAUGGAUGUGUGAAAAUUUAUGAUAUCUCCGACACAGAUGAAUUUAUUCAUGUAAAAUCUAUGCCCCGGGUCAAAGGGCGAGUUUUAAGUGUGACUUGGAGUACAGAUUCUAAUUACGUAUAUUCAGGAAGUAGUGAUGGGUUGAUACGAUGCUGGAAUGCUACAUUGGGCAAUGAAAUCUAUAGGAUUACAGCUGGACUUGGAGGGUUGGGCAGUGGACAUGAACUUUGCAUAUGGUCAUUGCUGUCUUUAAGGUCUGGUACACUUGUUAGUGCGGACAGCAGUGGUAGUGUCCAGUUUUGGGACAGUCAACAUGGAACUCUCUUGCAAGCACAUACUUUACACAAGGGACAUGUACACGCUCUGGCAGCAUCUCCUAGUCAUAAUAGGGUGUUCUCUGCUGGUUCUGAUGGCCAGGUUAUUCUUUACAAGCUAUCUAGUAGUCAGUCAGCAUCAUCCGAUGAUAUCAAUUCUCCAUCAACAAUGAAGAGAUGGAUUUAUGUUCACUAUGUAAGGGCUCAUACACAUGACAUCAGGGCCCUAGCUGUUGCUGUACCGAUAAGUCACGAAGAAAAGCUUAUCCAAAUGGGCAGUAUCUUUUGUUGCUAUUUAGGCAUUUGGCAUGUUCCGUUCCUUAGCUGUGCAUUUUUGUGUAGCACAGAUAUUAAGCCAGAAAAGAGGAUUAAAAGAGCUCGACGUGCAGAAAAUCCCAUUAGUUUCCGUUACCAUAAGUGGGCUCAUUUGGGGGUUCCUAUGCUUAUCUCAGCUGGAGAUGACACAAAACUUUUUGCAUACCCAGCGAAAGAAUUCACCAUGUUUUCUCCUCAUGAUAUCUGUCCUGCGCCUCAGAGAACACCCAUUCAACUAGUGCAUAAUUCUGUCUUUAACCAACGCAAACUGCUUUUAAUCCAAUCUUCGCAAAAGAUAGAGGUUCAUUUGCUACAACUAAAAAAGGUCUGCACCUCUGGAGGCUUUACAAAGAACGAUGUAGUGGCUGAAGUCAAGAGUAAGGGAUCUCGGAAGAUAAUUUGCAGCACCAUUUCUAAUUCAGGGGCACUAUUUGCGUACUCUGAUCAUAAAAAGCCUAGUCUUUUUCAAUUGAAAAGGAAUGAAGUUGGAAAAAUCAAAUGGGAUGUUAGAAAAAGGGAGCUUCCUCAGAUAUUACCAUUUGGCCAUUCUAUGAUUUUUACUCAUGACUCCUCCAAGUUGAUAGUAGCAGGUCACGAUAAAAGGAUAUAUGUUGUGCAUGUUGGGGGGGCAGAUGAAGUUAAGUCAGAAUUACUGCAUACUUUUACACCCCUUCGCGAAUCACAAGAUCAAGAAUUACCUCCAACUGAGCCACCCAUAACAAGAUUGUUUACUAGUUCUGAUGGGCAGUGGUUGGCAGCUGUGAACUGCUUUGGGGAUAUAUAUGUAUUUAACUUGGAGAUACUAAGCCAGCACUGGUUCAUUUCAAGAUUGGAUGGCGCCUCUGUUACAGCUGGUGGCUUUCCUCCCCAGAACGACAAUGUACUGAUAGUUACAACUUCCUCAAAUCAAGUGUAUGCAUUUGACAUAGAGGCCAAGCAGUUGGGAGAAUGGUCCACAAGACACACACAUGCUCUUCCUAGGAGAUACCUUGAAUUUCCUGGUGAAGUUAUUGGGCUCUCAUUCCCUCCAUCAGAAACUUCAUCUUCUCCAUCGGCAACUUCAUCUUCGGUUGUUGUUUACAGCUCCAGGGCUAUGUGCUUGAUUGACUUUGGAUUGCCCGUGGAGCAAGAUGAAAGUGAUAUGCUAAAUACUAAAGAUUCAAGGGCAAGGAAUUUACAAAAUUUUAAUGUUAAGAAGAGGAUUGAAGUUAUGAAGGAACAUAAUAGGAGGAAUUUUGAAGUUAUACCUUUCGAGAAUCCUGUUUUAUUUUUAGGUCAUACUGCAAAAAAUUCCAUCUUUAUGGUUGACAAACCGUGGUUGCAAGUGGUUAAGAGUUUAGAAGGCCGACCAGUCCACAGACAUAUAUAUGGGACAUGAGGCAUUAAGCAAACCUAGAGAAUUGUUCUCAGCUUGAGGGGAUACAUUAUGGGGAUAAAAGUCCCUUGUUUUUCUUUUUGUCUCUUCAGGGCUGGGGACCUAGAAUCGUGUAUUGUGUUAUCAUAAUCAAUUUUGUUCCAUUAGUAAUAGCUUCACUUCACAAUUUAUUCUAUUUUUUAUUUACACAUGUUCUGUACUUUUACUUUUGAUAGCACAAAUUUCAAACCUUGAUAGCACAAAUUUCAAUCACUUGCCGGUUUUUGCU